UGGCUUCGUCUGUUAAAAACGCCCUCGUGCACUUUCCACAUGGGUUUAUAAGAAAACCGGCGAUUUCUUCGUGUGUCGUUUCUCCUCCACGUCAAGAUGACAGCUUCACAUCCUCUACUUCUGGCUUCACUGCUGUUACUCAGCGCAUGCGUGGUGAUGGGUCGGACCCUCGUCGCGGACAUCCCGGAAGUCACUGCGCUCUCCGGAUGGAACAUCACCCUGCAGUGCAUCGCCGAGUUUAAGCAAGGGGUCCCGUACCUAGCAGUGAGCUGGUACAAGGUUGAAGAAAGCCCAUCUCUGUCCCGCAGAGGCCUGUUGAGAAAAGAGCUCCCUGAUGGCCCAGCAAGGCUGUACGAGGGCAUGGACAGGGAGGUGGAGCUGCUGGACGAAGAUUACAGCAUCCUCCUGUCCAGCCUGACGUGCAGCGACAGCGGUCUAUAUUUAUGUCAACUGGCUGCACCUGUAGGCGAGCAGAACAAGGAAGGGAGGAUUCUCCUCUCUGUGAAAGAUUGUCCUUCUGAUUCAGUUUUGGAAGAGGUGGUGAGGGAUACCAGCUUGGUCAUUUUUGCUGCAGCACUACUGAUAGUCGCACUGUUAAUAUUUAUCAUCAGCCAUUACUGUUUGAAGAAUACUCUUAAAGAAAAGGACAAGACGCCAAAAAAUGAAAUUCUGCUGGAUGCUCCGCUCAAACCGCUUGAAAAGAAGGACCUGAUGUUGAUCUACACUCUUGGUCCUAAAGCAUGCACUAUGAAGCAUGUCUGUGUUUGAAGAUGCUGGGAACAUCCAGUGUUCAAGAGUAAGGAAACUGUGGAGCAAGAGGUCCAGCAGGUCCAGUGGAGCAACAAAAAUAAUACAUUUUAUUUUAAAAGCACCUUUUAGAAAACCCAAAGACCCUUUAUGAUUAAUUUUAAAAUGGCUUUAUUUUAAAAUUUCAGGUAAACUAAGAUAACAAAGGGCGCAAAGAAAGAAACUGACAAAGAAAAAGCUGUUUUAAACAGAUGAAUUUUGAGAUUUGAUUGAUUCAAAGAUAGUUAGUAAAUGUUCGGAUGUCUGAUGGUCAUAAGUUCCAGACGGAAAGGUCAGCUCCCUGUGAUGCUUGGGCACGCAGAGGUCCCAGUGAGAUAGAUGGAGGAUGAAGAUCCAAAAAAAGCAGAUGGAGGAGGGGGUGUGCAGGUACACAGCCCAUGGAGUCCUUUCAGAUUGGGGGCAAUGUAGCAAGAGGAAGUCCCUGUGGUGAUGCACUCUAGAGUUGGUUCAGAACUUUAGAGAUGAGCAAGUGGCCAGAAUGAGUUGGACCUAAGGUUGUAAACUCUGGAGACAGAAUAGAUUCAACAACCUGGUUUCAAUUUUAGUCAACGUUUUAAAAGUCACUUCCAAUUGUGGAUCAGAACCCACAUUUUUGAGUCUCAGGACAUCAAGGUAUUCUUUUCUUUUAUUUAUUUUUAUGCACUUUGUUACAAUGUUUUAAUGUUAUACGUGCUGGGUGUUAAAACCCAACAGGCAAAUCACUGAGUAAACUUAUUUGCAAAUAUGUUUUUCUUUCCUUAGACUGAUUAAAAACUGAGCCAUAAACAGUCCAAUCUUGAAUGUACAAUAGAAUCUACUUUAUUGUUGUCUUUGAUGAAUGUUGUGUUCUCUCUGUAGCGAUUCAAGCUCAUAAUGUUGCACACUUCAGUUGAACAGCAGACUACUGAACAUUAUGAGUGUUUUAUUCACGGGUUCUCAAAAACACAGCAGCUUAUGCAAACAUACAGAUGGUUUUCUCUGAAAGCAAACUCUCCUCAAAAACCUUUUUCUCUCAUUCUUUUUUUUUUUUUUCCAAAUACUUUAUUGAAAAUAUUCAAAUGUAUACAUACAAGUCAAUAUAACAAAGCCAGGGGGUUGGCAUUGCUUUUUCUCUCAUUCACGCUGCCCUGCGCGCUCAGACGUGACGUCAUUCUUCCUCGACGGUGCUAGUUCCGCCUGCUGGCCAUUUAUGAUACUACAAAAUGUUUUCACUGUUCUUACAUUGAACGAAUGCAUCUUGUUUCAAAAUGGUCACACAGUUAAGUCUGUGAAAGUUGUGGGCGUUUGUUGCAAAUGUUUUUUAAAGCACUGUUUUUUCUUUAUAAAUGACUUUUUCUACAUUUUUGUUAAAAUAUAUUUUACUGUAAAAGCAUAGCUUAAUCUAAAGUACUGCACUACUAACAAGGAUCAGCAUGACUUUUUUGUGUGAAAAAGAAUGCUUAAAUAUCACUGCACUUCACACUGGCAGCUUCAUCAUCUCUCAAGCAUAGACUUUCGUUCAUUGACUGGUUACUACUAUUUGUUGUGAAAUUGUCACACAUCUGGGUUAAAUGCAUCCUACUGAAAUAAAAUUUUAAAAAUGA